AUGCAUGUCAAGGAUCUUCUCGCCGAGACCAAAAGGUCCGGCCAGCCCUCCUUUUCCUUUGAAUAUUUUCCACCCAAGACUGCCCAAGGUGUCCAGAACCUCUACGACCGCAUGGACCGCAUGUACAACUUCGGCCCUCAGUUCAUCGACAUCACUUGGGGUGCCGGUGGCCGUGUGGCUGAGCUUACCUGCGAGAUGGUACUCCAGGCACAGGCGGUGUACGGUUUGGAGACCUGCAUGCACUUGACCUGCACCGACAUGGGCAUGGAAAAGGUCAACGACGCCCUACACAAAGCCUACAAGGCUGGCUGCACCAACAUUCUCGCCCUCCGUGGCGACCCUCCUCGCGCCCAAGAGAAGUGGACUGCCACCGAAGACGGCUUCCAGUAUGCCUGCGAUCUAGUCCGACACAUUCGUGCCACUUACGGUGAUCACUUUGAUAUUGGUGUCGCUGGUUACCCCGAGGGCUGCGAUGACAAUGACAACGAGGACGAGCUGAUCGAGCAUCUCAAGUACAAGGUCGACCUUGGCGGCACCUUCAUUGUCACCCAGAUGUUCUACGAUGUCGACAACUUCAUUCGCUGGGUCGGAAAGGUCCGCGCCGCCGGUAUUGAUGUCCCGAUUCUCCCUGGUAUCAUGCCGAUUGCCACUUACGCCAGCUUCCUUCGCCGGUGCAAACACACCGGCUGCAAUAUUCCUCAGGGAUGGCUGGACCUUCUGGAACCUGUCAAGAACGACGAUGUCGCCGUCCGCGAGGUUGGCAAGAAGCUGGUAGUCGAGAUGUGUCGCAAGCUCAUGGUCGCUGGCAUCCACCACAUGCACUUUUACACCAUGAACCUCGCCCAAGCUACCCGCAUGGUCCUCGAGGAGCUCAGCUGGACCCCGUCGGCUGAGCGACCACUCCAGCAGGCCCUUCCUUGGAAGCCUUCCAAGGGCUUCGGCCGUCGUGAUGAGGACGUCCGCCCAAUUUUCUGGCGCAAUCGCAACAAAUCCUAUGUUCUUCGCACGCAAGAUUGGGAUGAGUUCCCCAACGGCCGCUGGGGUGACUCCCGCUCUCCCGCCUUUGGCGAGCUUGACGCGUACGGUAUUGGUCUGACGGGCACAAACGAGGCGAACCGCCUGAAGUGGGGUGAGCCCAAGUCGCUCCGCGACAUUGCCAAUACCUUUGUCCGAUACCUGAACCAGGAAAUUGACUCACUGCCUUGGAGUGAGGCACCUCUGACCAGCGAAGCCGACUCCAUCAAGCCCGCCCUCAUGGAGCUCAACCAACGUGGCUUCCUGACCAUCAACUCUCAGCCUGCUGUUGACGGUGUCAAGUCGUCUCACCCCGUCCACGGUUGGGGACCUGCCAAUGGCUACGUCUACCAAAAGGGCUACAUCGAGCUACUAGUCCCGCCUGAGAUCGUCGACCAGGUAAUUCAUCUUGUUAACGCCAACCCUUCUCUCACUUACUACGCCGUCACCAAAGAUGGCAACCUGAAGACCAAUGCUCCCUCUGAUGGCCCUAACGCUGUCACCUGGGGUGUCUUCCCCGGCAAAGAGAUUGUCCAACCUACCAUUGUUGAGAGCAUCAGUUUCCUAGCCUGGCGUGAUGAAGCUUUCCGCCUGGGUGUUGACUGGGCUCACUGCUUCGAGGCCAAUUCCCCUAGCCGCGUUCUCGUUGAGGACGUCAUGGACAACUGGUAUCUUCUCAACAUCGUGAACAAUGAUUUCCACGACAACACCACCAUCUUCGAGCUCUUCAAGGAGCUCCAGGUCGAGGGUCUUGAUACUCCUUUGACUGUCAAGGCCGAGGCUUCUGCUGCGGCUGCGGCUGAGAAGCCUACCGCUGUGCAGGCGGAGGUUGCUGCAUAG